AUGACGGCUCGAUUUGUCUCCUUGAUAGGGUAUUUGCUGGCUUCUAUCCCCGGUUUUUUUGAGCUUGCCGCUAUUCAUUGCGCGCCUCCAUUCCAUGCCGGUUUCAAGGAGCCUCUCAAGUAUGCAGUCGAAAAGUCCUUGGGGUUGACGAACGUGGAACGAUGGCAUUUGAAACUUGUCCUCUACAACGCUGACACUGCUACUAGCGGGAAACAGAAAACGCCCGAGGAGCACCAAGCGCGGGUCGCUUCGGUCCUUGAAAUGUGCAAGGCUGCUCAAAUGAAGUUCGAUAAGACAGAGGGGGGCAUGACUGGGCAGAAAAUCGAAGACGUUUCUUGA